AUGACUUACCAGACUGAUCUGACUUGGAAUCUGAUGAUGGAUGAUGAAGAUGAAAAUGCAACUAACUUACAUAUAACUGCUGAAAAUGAAAUACUAAAGAAUAUAGAGGUGGAAGAUAGAGGCAAGUCGCAUAUCCACUACGACCACGAACACGCGGACGUGCAAUGGCAGCAGGUGUAA